AUGGAGAUUACGGAGAGGAGAGACGAUGAGAUCAGAGAAUCAGGAAACAUGGAGAACAUAAAGUCCGACUCUUUUUCCGAUGAACGUUACUCUCGCGACCUCAAAGCUGGUCUCCAUCCUCUACGGUAUAAGUUUGCGAUUUGGUACACACGUCGCACACCAGGAGUUAGGAGCCAGACAUCUUAUGAGGAUAACAUUAAGAAGAUUGUUGAUUUCAGCACUGUUGAAGGGUUUUGGGCCUGUUACUGUCACCUUGCUCGUUCUUCUCUUUUGCCUAGUCCUACUGAUCUUCAUUUCUUCAAGGAUGGGAUCCGGCCUUUGUGGGAGGAUUCUGCCAACUGCAAUGGAGGAAAGUGGAUCAUACGUUUCUCCAAAGUUGUCUCUGCUCGCUUUUGGGAGGAUCUGCUUCUUGCGUUGGUAGGCGACCAGCUUGAUGAUGCUGACAACAUCUGUGGGGCAGUACUGAGUGUCCGCUUCAACGAGGACAUCAUUAGUGUUUGGAAUCGUAAUGCUUCUGAUAAUCAGGCAGUGAUGGGUUUGAGAGACUCAAUCAAGCGGCAUUUGAAGCUGCCUCAUUCCUAUGUUAUGGAAUACAAGCCCCACGAUGCUUCUCUUCGCGACAAUUCCUCCUACAGGAACACAUGGAUGAGAGGAUAGCUUGGUUUAAAAGACACCGUUGUAUCACGUGAUGUGGAGAAAGAUUCGGGUAGCUCUCUUGCAACCUUGGAAGAUAUAUGGACUGAACCCUGUUUCUGGUAGCACUCUGUUACUAGGACUUACGGUCUCAGCAUUGAAAAUCCUCUCUACUUGUGUAAUCAUAUCGUUUUCUUGUUUCUAGAUAUUGUUACCUUCAGAUCUUCAAUGGUUUCCACGGUUUGCACUUUGCAGUGUUGUUUGAAACUAUAGUGAUUCAAAUAAAACUUGAGGUCACGUACUGGUUUUACAUUAUCAUGACUUGCGUUUCCAACAGUAAGUCAGUAUACAGUUUCACUA